CAGUGGGCAGUGGUGGAAGAAAUGAAAGUAGCAGCCAGCUCAUUCCUGAGGCUGAGACAUCGACUUCACACCAACCUCACUAAAAACACAUCCACACACACACAUUAACAUUACACUGUCCCUCACUCGUACACUGUAGUACUAAGCACCUUAUUUAUUUAUAUAAAAAGGUACCAUUCAUUUCCCCAUUACUCAUCACAACAAACUAGUAGUAGUACAUUAUAAUUAGUAACUACUAUUUCUAUUACUAUUACUAUUACCACCCCCUUCGCUCUCUCUCAUUUAACACUUCAAACCACAGAUUGAAAAAGAAAGAAAAACGAGAAUGGGAUACGGGAGGUUAGGAGUAUCCGAGCCUGAUGGUUCGACACACUCCGAAGCUACACACACUAACGCGAGAUCUUCAACAAAGAGAAAGACGGUUUUGUUUUCACUCAUUGCCGUUUUACUAAUCGUCGCCUCCGCUGUUUCCGCCGUAAUGCUAACCGGAAUCCAUUCCCACGGCGAAGAUCGAAAAAAAUCUACUCUCCGGCGUAAUCCAACUCGAGCAAUUUCUCUCACGUGCAGCAAAACUCGAUUCCNUACACUCUGCGUUAACUCCUUCCUCGAUUUCCCUGGAUCCACAAUUGCAUCGGAGAAAGACCUCGUUCACAUUUCCCUCAACAUGACGCUGCAGCAUCUCUCCAAAGCACUCUAUUCCUCCGCCUCCAUUUCCUCAGCCGUCGGCAUGAAUCCACGUAUCCGCACCGCUUAUCAAGAUUGCCUCGAGCUUCUCGACGAUUCAAUCGAUGCCGUCGCGAAGUCGCUCACCUCCGUCAAACCUUCCACCUCUAGCGGCUCCAUUAAGCCUCUCGCAGCAUCCUCCACCGACGAUGUCUUAACGUGGCUUAGCGCCGCGCUUACGAACCAAGACACGUGCGCUGAGGGUUUUUCCGACACUUCCGGCGAAGUGAAGAAUCAGAUGACUAAUAAUUUAAAGGACUUGUCGGAGCUGGUGAGUAAUUGUCUUGCCAUUUUCUCUGCCUCCGGUGUCGGUGAUGAUUUCUCCGGCGUUCCUAUACAGAACAAGAGACGGUUAUUGACAAUGCGGGAAGAUAAUUUUCCGAAGUGGUUGAGUAGACGAGAGAGGAGAUUGCUGAACUUGGCGGUGUCGGAAAUACAGGCAGAUGUAAUAGUCUCUAAAGACGGUAACGGAACGGUGAAAACUAUAGCUGAAGCUAUUAAGAAAAUACCUGAAUAUGGUAACCGACGCUUCAUUAUCUAUAUCAGACAAGGAAGGUACGAAGAAGACAAUUUAAAGAUAGGAAGGAAGAAAACAAAUGUUAUGAUCAUAGGGGACGGAAAGGGCAAAACAGUCAUCACAGGUGGAAAAAAUGUUAUGCAAAAUUUGACCACAUUUCACACGGCUUCCUUUGCUGCUAGUGGGCCAGGUUUCAUUGCAAGAGACGUGACGUUCGAGAACUACGCCGGACCAGCAAAGCACCAAGCGGUGGCCCUCCGUGUCGGAGCAGACCACGCGGUGGUGUAUCGUUGCAACAUCAUAGGAUACCAAGACACAAUGUAUGUCCACUCAAACCGUCAAUUUUACCGCGAAUGUGACAUUUACGGUACCGUGGACUUCAUAUUCGGCAACGCUGCAGUUGUUUUUCAAAACUGUAGCCUCUACGCUCGCAAGCCCAUGGCCCAACAAAAAAACACAAUUACGGCCCAAAACAGAAAAGACCCGAAUCAAAACACGGGUAUUUCAAUCCAUAACUGUCGGAUCCUUGCGACACCAGAUCUAGAAGCAUCCAAGGGUAGCUUCCAAACGUAUCUGGGCCGUCCAUGGAAACUAUACUCUAAAACUGUGUACAUGUUAUCAUACAUGGGAGAUCACAUACAUCCACGUGGAUGGCUAGAAUGGAAUGCAACAUUUGCUUUAGACACGUUGUACUAUGGUGAAUACAUGAAUUAUGGGCCGGGUGGAGCUAUUGGUCAACGAGUAACGUGGCCCGGGUUUCGGGUUAUAACGUCCACCGUGGAAGCAAAUAGAUUUACGGUGGCCCAAUUCAUAUCGGGCUCGUCUUGGUUACCGUCUACUGGGGUGGCAUUCGUAGCUGGCUUAUCCACCUGAAUUCUAUUUAUAUAGCAAACCUUUCAAUCUUUAAUCUUAUUCUAUUGUUCAAACUUUUCAGUACUAGCUAAUUAUUCGAUUUGCCCAUUUUAUUUUAUAGGUACAUACUUUGUUUGGUAAUUGUACCAAACUACAUAUACACUUAUUUUCGGGCAACAUGCUUAUUUUUUUAAUUAUAUGUUGUAAACACUGUUUUAUCAAAUAUAUAGCUCUUUCAUUAAACA